UGGCUGGCGGCCCUUAAGCAUUCACCCUCCUUCCCUGUACUGCAAUCCCCCUGUCCACACAGCAUUGAUACAACCAGCGGAGAGCACGGGCAGCCCAAUUCCUGGCGCUUGCAGCCCGGACCCCCUUCUUCCCCAGACAAGCCUGGACAGACAGCACCUCUCCCAUCACAGGAACAAAAUUACAGCAGUGAGCUAGCAAGGUCACCAAACAAGUCAACUUCAUCUUCCUCCCCUACGGACACUGAUUGCGGGACACGGCAGUGAGAGGCGAGCCCCUCAAGUUUUGUAAAACCAGAUUUCCCCACAAGAAAAAGCAACUUUCCCCACUCCUCUCUUUGUAUGUCUCUUGCCGAGCCCUGAUGGAAACUGUUCAUGCUCAAGUGGAUAGCCUCUCUCAAGUGUGUUUGAAGGGAACCAAAGUUGCUUUUCUUUAUUCAGCUCUCUGCUUGCAAGUAGUUGCUGUCAUUCUUGUUUAGAGGAGAGAGAGGCUCUGCCUGGAGAAGGAAUAUGCACCUUGGGCUUUGUUGUGGAAAACCUGGUUACCUGAGUGUGUGUGUAAAUAUAAAUGCUGGAGUUGGGGUAUGUAUACACAUCCAACAAUUAUAUGUAAGACCCUUCACCGCUCCGUUUUUGUCAGCUCUCCAGCAAACAUAUGCUUUUACAUUUUAUUCAUGCCUAGUGUCAAAUAUUAUUCCCAUGUCUCAUUCCCACUGUAAGGGACUACUAUAUCCUGCUUCUCAGCUCCAGUCCUAUAAAUUAUCUGGUGUUUUUCUGCAAACUGCCGAGACAGCUUUGGAAAGCAUGAGUCUGCAGCAAUCUUCUCUCAGGCUUCAGUGUUUGUUUGUUUGCUUAAAUCUUGUGGUGAAGUUACUUCGAAGUUACUCACUUUAACUGAAAAGUCUGCUGUAGCGAUAGAGAAAUAGCAAUGUCUGGAACGUCGGGACAAGCAUUCUCUGACUCCGCGGGAUUUGUCAUCGGGUCGAUGAUUAAGCCAAGAUUUCAUAAUUUCCUCCUCAAGGCUUAAUCAUCACUAUGGAUAACAUACUGACCUUGGCCUGAUGUCAUUGAUACCUGUGGAUUUGUAUAACACAUUUUGAUCAUUGCAACUAUUUGACAAUGAAUGGGAGGUCAUGCAGUAUGAACCACCGGAUCUCGGGUACUCCCCAUGGUCCUGGGAUGAUCAACGGACAGCAAAUUCCGCCUAUAAGAGUUCAUGCAGGAACACCCUGCCCAUCUUCAAAUAGCAGCACCCCAAGGCCAGCUAUUGGAAACUUGUCUACCAGCCUCCAUUUAAAGAUGCCCCUUGGAGGAGGAGUAGCUCCUCAGAGCAACAUCAUUGAAAGUACCAUCCACCUCCCUGCUUUAAGUCCCAGGAGACAAGUGGUUACAAAUGGGAAGCCUUUAUUCCAAGUCCCACAGCCUCCAGGGCUGCCAGCACCACAGUCUUUAAAACCAAAGCAGCAGGAGUUUGGGAACAUCUUCUGCCCAAGCACAAUUAAAGGAGGUCUUGGCUGUGGGCCUCGGGGCAAGUCCAUUGGAAAAGGCAGCUGCAACAAUCUAGUUGUCACCAGCAGUCCCAUGAUGGUUCAGCGACUGGGACCUAUAUCACCUCCUGCAAACCAGGUCUCAACAGCAUGCAACCAGAUCAGUCCUAGCUUACAGAGGGCUAUGAAUGCUUCAAACCUGAAUAUACCUCCAUCAGAUACAAGGUCCCUCAUGUCACGUGAGUCUCUGGCCUCUACAACAUUAAGCCUGUCAGAAAGUCAGUCAACGCUGAGUGUGAAACAUGAGUGGUCUCAUGGGUACAGGAUUCUUCCUUCCCUUCCUUCCAACCAAGGAUCCCAAAAUGGCAGUGAGCUAGGAGACAUACUGAGUAUACCAUCUGGAACAUCCAUGUCCAACAACAGUGUAUCUAACUCAUUACCCUCUUACUUGUUUGGUAUGGAAAAUAACCAUUCCCCUUACCCGAGCCCUCGCCAUUCUUCAACCAGAUCUCAUUCAGCCCGCUCCAAAAAAAGAGCCCUCUCUUUGUCUCCAUUGUCUGAUGGCAUUGGGAUUGACUUCAAUACAAUCAUCCGUACAUCCCCAACCUCUCUGGUUGCCUACAUCAACGGUUCGAGAACAUCACCAGCAAACAUAUCCCCGCAGCCUGAGGUCUAUGGGCAUUUCUUGGGAGUAAGAGGAAGCUGUAUUCCCCAGCCUUGCUCUAUUCCAAACACUCAGAAAGGUCUUCUUGUGGCUAACAGCAACAUCACCCUCCCAGGUUAUGGUGAAAAUGGGACUGUGGAAUACCAGCGGAUGCAGCAGUUGGAACAAAGUAGCUUGCAUUCGGCAGUCAUGAACAACAUGGUGGUUCAACAAGGUAUACCUCUGAUAGACAGCCAGCCAAUGAGCAUGUUAAAAAGUGAACGUGUGGAUGAUUUUUCAGGCAGCACAAUUGACAUGCCUCCUCCUCCCCCUCUACCACCUCCUCCACCACAAGGUCCACCACCCCCUUACCAUGCACAUCAACACCGACAUCAGCAUGACCUCAUAAACCAUUCCCAUCAACUUGCCUUGCCUUCCUCUGCCCAGGGCCCUCUGUUGGAUGAGGAUGGUGAAUUAGAUGAUUUCAAUGGUAAACACUGCUGUCGCUGGAUAGAUUGCAGUGCUCUGUAUGACCAGCAAGAGGAACUUGUGCGGCACAUAGAAAAGGUUCAUAUAGACCAGAGAAAGGGAGAGGACUUCACUUGUUUCUGGGCAGGAUGCCCUCGAAGAUACAAGCCAUUUAAUGCCCGCUACAAACUGCUGAUUCACAUGAGAGUUCAUUCAGGAGAGAAGCCAAACAAAUGCACGUUUGAGGGAUGCAAGAAGGCCUUUUCCAGACUAGAAAAUCUCAAGAUUCAUUUACGGAGCCACACAGGAGAAAAGCCCUACCUUUGUCAGCAUCCAGGUUGUCAGAAAGCAUUCAGUAACUCCAGCGAUCGAGCCAAGCAUCAGAGGACACACUUGGACACUAAACCUUAUGCAUGUCAGAUUCCAGGAUGUACUAAACGGUACACAGACCCAAGCUCUCUGAGAAAGCAUGUAAAGGCACAUUCUUCCAAAGACCAACAGGCCAGGAAAAAGUUGCGAUCAAGCUCAGAGCUUGACCAGGACAUCCUCAACGAUUGCCUCACUAUUCAGCCUCUCCAACCAGCCCCUUCACCACAUGAUGCUGCAGACAAUACCAUGGGACGAUCGCCAGGGCCUGUUCAUGACAUCUACACAGCUACAAUGUUCUCCAGUACUCAUUCAAGUCGGAGUGGAACAGCUGCUGGGGGUGGUCCACCAUCACAUCCUGUCAGUCACCCUUCUCCAGGGCAUAAUGUACAGGGUAGUCCCUGCAACCCACCAUCUCAGUUACCUCCUCUGUCAGCUGUCGACGCCAGCACUGAGAGGUUUGCAGCUCCUGCUCCGUCUCCCCACCAUAUCAGCCCCAGGAGAAUUUCAGUUCCCCCUCCCAUGAUGCAGAGACGGACACCCCAGACUCCCCAUCUCCAGCAGACUAUGGGAACACAUCUAAAGACAUACCAGCCAAUAACAAACCCCUCUUUUCAACCAAACAGCAUCCACAUCCAAGGCUUUUAUGGGCAACUACAGACUUUCUGUCCUCCACAUUACACUGACGCUCAGAGGAACAUACAACAUGGUGGCUCUUGUAAUAUGGUCCCUCCUUUUGAAGACUGUCUAGUUCCCACAUCAGUGGGCCAGGCGGGGUUUGAUGUUUUCCACAGAGCUUUUUCAGCACAUUCUGGUAUUACAGUUUAUGAUCUUCCAUCAGGGUCAACAGGUAUCUUUGGUGAUUCGUUGCGCAAUGGGUCUGAGGACGCCAGUUUCCUUCAGAUAAACGCAGUGGAUCGUUGUCCUAGCCAGCUUUCCUCGGUCUAUACAGAAGGCUAAAAUAAUCUAAUUAGAAUCACAAAUACUCUAGUGCAUAUCAUCUUUCCUUUUUGAUGGUCAGGAACAAAUGUUACAAAUAUCAUUCCUCCGUAAGACUGCUGUCUAUCUGUAGGUUUCAGCAAGAGGAGGAAAUGCAACCAUCAGACACUCAACCUCACAGAAAUAGCCUUUUCAAAGGGGAAAAUGUGGGUAAAACAAGAAAACUUUGCCAAAACUUUAGCAAGUGUUACUUUUCUUUUGAUCUGCGGCAUGGCAGCACUCCUUUUUUUUUUUCAAAGGGAAUUCAAAUACUGAAUAAGAACCCUGCUGCUGGCUGUCAUCUUUUCACGCCGAAUCGGCAACAUCAUUUAAGACUGCAGUUUUGCGGGGGGGGGAAUGUAAGAACUAAAACCAGAGAACACUACAAACAUUUUAAAAGGCUCAGCUUCUUGCACAACGUAUUUGUCUGUGGUGCUUACAGAGCUAGAUACACACAAAGACAAAAAGGGGAAAACAAUCUGAGAUGCAUCAUGGCACCACCAGCUAGAAGCAUUCUUGGAGCCAAAGAGCAUUGGUACUGGAUUUCCUGCCAUCCUUGUUUUGGUUUCCUGAUCCAUUCCACUAGAAUAUAAGCCUUCCAGAGUGGCAUUUACUAUCUUUUUCACUGUUACUUCCAUUUUAACAUUUUAUACAAUGAAUAAAAAGAGUUUAACUAAAAAGGCACUAGGAUUUCCUUUAUAUCUGAGCAGCCCUUAUUAGUACUGCUAUGGAGAAUUUAAUAAAUAAUGAUAAACUUUCAAUAGAAUUUUAACCAUACUAUGCAAUUUAAAAGAGAAUUAUAUUCCUGCUGUAAAAUGCUAUAGGAAGGUUAAAAAUAACCUGUAGAAAAGAUAUCAUUCUCCAUUAAAUUCUGUAGCUUUUUUAAGCAAUUUGUAUGAAACCUUAUUAAAUUUAUAUUGAUUCCUA